AUGGAACAAAAUCCAUCAUGUAAACAUCAAUCAAUGUUACCAGAUCAAAUCCCGCACAUUCGUGAAGAGUUAGAUAAAGCAAAACCUCGUAUAAUACGACAACAAAUGAAUUUACUCUAUAGUGAAAUGCAAAAGAUGUAUGACAGACAUUGUGAAUCGAAUAAGACUGAUAUAAUUCCAGUUCUUAAACUUGUAAAUAUAAGUUAA